CCACUAGUAGCUGGCGAGAAGGGCAGGUGGGGUUUGGCCCAGUGACCAGGUGACGUGCCAGAGCCUCUCAGCCACGGGCCUGGCUUCAUUGUGCUCUGUCCUGGUAGCAGAAGCGUCUGUGGGCCACGUAAGGAAGGCUGGAGCAGUCCACGUAGAGGAGGCCGCCCCAUCCACAGUCCAGAGGGCCACGAAGAGAUAGCGGCCUUCUGAGAGCUGACAAAACCCUGAGGGUGGGUGAGGACUCCCAAGCUCUAAUGGGUCAGAGCUCCUGCUCCGGAGGGAGGCAUGCAGAUUGGCCUGACCUGGCCCAGCUGAGCGACCUUGAGUGCGAUUUAAUCCCAUGAUGCCUGGUUCCUUCUGUAAAAGGGAGUAAUAAGCAGUCGUGAGGAUUCCCUGAGAUAGUCGAUGCGGAGCCCAGUGCCUGGGAAAGACAAGAAACUGAUGCUGACGUUUCAAACUAUCCGUGGGGGCCUGAGGCUCCUGGGUAUCCGCCGAACCUCCACUGCCCCCGCUGCCUCCCCAAAUGCCCGGCGCCUGGAGUACAAGCCCAUCAGGAAGGUCAUGGUGGCCAACAGAGGCGAGAUCGCCAUCCGCGUGUUCCGGGCCUGCACGGAGCUGGGCAUCCGCACUGUGGCUGUUUACUCAGAGCAGGACACCGGCCAGAUGCACCGGCAGAAAGCUGAUGAAGCCUAUCUCAUUGGCCGCGGCCUCGCCCCGGUACAGGCCUAUCUGCACAUCCCAGACAUCAUCAAGGUGGCCAAGGAAAACAAUGUGGACGCUGUGCACCCUGGCUACGGGUUCCUGUCCGAGCGAGCGGACUUUGCCCAAGCCUGCCAGGAUGCUGGGGUCCGGUUCAUUGGCCCGAGCCCUGAGGUGGUCCGCAAGAUGGGAGAUAAGGUGGAGGCCCGGGCCAUCGCCAUCACCGCAGGGGUCCCUGUGGUCCCCGGCACUGAUGCCCCCAUCACUUCCCUGCACGAGGCCCACGAGUUCUCCAACACCUACGGCUUCCCCAUUAUCUUCAAGGCCGCCUAUGGGGGCGGGGGGCGUGGCAUGCGGGUCGUGCACAGCUACGAGGAGCUGGAGGAGAACUACACCCGGGCCUACUCAGAGGCCCUGGCCGCCUUCGGGAACGGGGCACUGUUCGUGGAGAAGUUCAUUGAGAAGCCGCGCCACAUCGAGGUGCAGAUCCUGGGGGACCAGUACGGGAAUGUUCUGCACCUGUACGAGCGAGACUGCUCCAUCCAGCGGCGGCACCAAAAAGUAGUGGAGAUCGCCCCCGCUGCGCACCUGGACCCCCAGCUUCGGACCCGCCUCACCAGUGACUCUGUCAAACUUGCAAAGCAGGUGGGCUACGAGAACGCAGGCACGGUGGAGUUCCUGGUGGACAAGAAUGGCAAGCACUACUUCAUCGAGGUCAACUCGCGCCUGCAGGUGGAGCACACCGUCACCGAGGAGAUCACUGAUGUGGACCUGGUCCACGCCCAGAUCCACGUGGCUGAGGGCCGGAGCCUCCCUGACCUGGGCCUGCGGCAGGAGAACAUCCGCAUCAACGGCUGUGCUAUCCAGUGCCGGGUCACCACUGAGGACCCCGCGCGCAGCUUCCAGCCAGACACCGGCCGCAUCGAGGUGUUCCGGAGCGGAGAGGGCAUGGGCAUCCGCCUGGACAACGCUUCCGCCUUCCAAGGAGCCGUCAUCUCCCCCCACUACGACUCCCUGCUGGUCAAAGUCAUCGCCCACGGCAAAGACCACCCCACGGCCGCCACCAAGAUGAGCAGAGCCCUUGCCGAGUUCCGAGUCCGAGGCGUGAAGACCAACAUCCCCUUCCUGCAGAAUGUGCUCAACAACCAGCAGUUCCUGGCAGGCACCGUGGACACCCAGUUCAUCGACGAGAACCCGGAGCUAUUCCAGCUGCGGCCUGCACAGAACCGGGCCCAGAAGCUGCUGCACUACCUCGGACACGUCAUGGUGAAUGGCCCAACCACCCCAAUCCCUGUCAAGGCCAGCCCCAGCCCCACGGACCCUAUUGUCCCUACAGUGCCCAUAGGCCCACCCCCAGCUGGUUUCAGAGACAUCCUGCUGCGGGAGGGUCCUGAGGGCUUUGCUCGAGCAGUGCGGAACCACCACGGGCUGCUGCUGAUGGACACGACCUUCAGGGACGCUCACCAGUCACUGCUGGCCACUCGUGUGCGAACCCACGAUCUCAAAAAGAUCUCUCCCUAUGUUGCCCACAACUUCAGCAAGCUCUUCAGCAUGGAGAACUGGGGAGGAGCUACAUUUGAUGUUGCAAUGCGCUUCCUGUACGAGUGCCCUUGGCGGCGGUUGCAGGAGCUCCGGGAACUCAUCCCCAAUAUCCCGUUCCAGAUGCUGCUGCGGGGUGCCAAUGCCGUGGGCUACACCAACUACCCUGACAAUGUGGUCUUCAAGUUCUGUGAGGUGGCCAAGGAGAACGGCAUGGAUGUCUUCAGGGUCUUUGACUCCCUCAACUACUUGCCCAACCUGCUGCUGGGCAUGGAGGCGGUGGGCAGUGCCGGUGGUGUGGUGGAGGCUGCCAUCUCCUACACGGGCGAUGUGGCUGACCCCAGCCGCACCAAAUACUCUCUGCAGUACUACAUGGGCUUGGCUGAAGAGCUGGUGCGGGCUGGCACCCACAUCCUGUGCAUCAAGGACAUGGCGGGGCUGCUGAAGCCAGCGGCCUGCACCAUGCUGGUCAGCUCCCUCCGGGACCGCUUCCCUGACCUCCCACUGCACAUCCACACCCACGACACGUCAGGGGCGGGCGUGGCAGCCAUGCUGGCCUGUGCCCAGGCUGGGGCCGAUGUGGUAGAUGUGGCAGCUGACUCUAUGUCCGGAAUGACUUCACAGCCCAGCAUGGGGGCCCUGGUGGCCUGUACCCGAAGGACUCCCCUGGACACAGGGGUGCCCCUGGAGCGUGUGUUUGACUACAGUGAGUACUGGGAGGGGGCCCGGGGGCUGUAUGCAGCCUUUGACUGCACGGCCACUAUGAAGUCUGGCAACUCGGAUGUGUAUGAGAACGAGAUCCCAGGGGGCCAGUACACGAACCUGCACUUCCAGGCACACAGCAUGGGGCUUGGCUCCAAGUUCAAGGAGGUCAAGAAGGCCUAUGUGGAGGCCAAUCAGAUGCUGGGCGACCUCAUCAAGGUGACACCCUCCUCCAAGAUCGUGGGGGACCUGGCCCAGUUUAUGGUGCAGAAUGGGUUGAGCCGGGCGGAGGCUGAAGCCCAGGCAGAAGAGCUGUCCUUUCCCCGCUCUGUGGUGGAGUUUCUGCAGGGCUACAUCGGCAUCCCUCACGGGGGGUUCCCUGAGCCCUUUCGCUCCAAGGUGCUAAAGGACCUGCCAAGGGUGGAGGGGCGGCCUGGAGCCUCCCUCCCUCCCCUGGAUCUGCAGGCUCUGGAGAAGGAGCUGCUAGAGCGGCAUGGGGAGGAGGUGACCCCGGAGGACGUGCUCUCAGCAGCCAUGUACCCUGACGUCUUUGCCCACUUUAAGGACUUCACUGCUACCUUUGGCCCCCUGGACAGCCUCAAUACCCGCCUCUUCCUGCAGGGACCCAAAAUCGCAGAGGAGUUUGAGGUGGAGCUGGAGCGGGGCAAGACGCUGCACAUCAAAGCCCUGGCCAUAAGUGACCUGAACCGGGCUGGCCAGAGGCAGGUCUUCUUUGAGCUCAAUGGGCAGCUGCGAUCCAUUCUGGUCAAGGACACUCAGGCCAUGAAGGAGAUGCACUUCCACCCCAAGGCCCUGAAGGAUGUGAAGGGUCAGAUUGGGGCACCCAUGCCUGGGAAGGUGAUAGACAUCAAGGUGGCAGCGGGGGCCAAGGUGGCCAAGGGACAGCCCCUGUGUGUGCUCAGCGCCAUGAAGAUGGAGACUGUAGUGACCUCACCCAUGGAGGGCACUGUCCGAAAGGUCCAUGUGACCACAGACAUGACACUGGAGGGUGACGACCUCAUCCUGGAGAUUGAGUGAUCUUGCCCUGGACUGGCAUCCUGGCCAUCCCCACCCCAAGCCUUCGAGACGCUGUGCUGCCAGGGCAGGCCCAGGCCAGCCAGUGCCCAGGGGCAGGAGGGCCCAGCCCUGGAGCUCCUGUCCUCCGCUGCCUGUGGCAGGAGGCAUGUCUGCAGUGGCCCAUUCCCUUCCUUCUGCCAUCUGUCCUUUCCCUGCUGGUGGACAGUUGCUCACAUACUCAUCUCUUGCCAAAUAAGGGUCCCCUCCUCGCUGGAGAUUACAGCUGGGAGCACAGGUGGGUCCCCUAGGACCCAGGGGAGCAGACUUGGGGAUCCUACCUCCUGCAGGGGAGACCUAAAUCCCAAGUCCUGAGAACUUUGCUCAAUAAAACUGGUUUUCCCCUGCUCUCCA